UUAAAGGCCAUACUCGCGACGCGGUUCUGGUCACUCACGUUCUGUCUUCCAGCUUUCUUUUGUGGUCUUGUAUUUGUACUUACCGCAACAUGCCUGUCUUCAAAAUUAAUAUCAAAUGGCAGAAAGAACGCUACAAGGACGUUGAGUGCAACACAGAUGAAAGUCCUGAAAAAUUCAAGGCCGUUCUCUUCUCGCUCACUGGUGUUCCUCCUUCCAGGCAGAAAGUAAUGAUGCCUGGAAAAAUACUGGGUGAUGAAAACUACGAUGGGAUAAAAUUGAAGGAUGGGGCUACGGUAAUGUUAAUGGGAACUGCUGAUGAGAUUCCUCCGACCGAGCAAGCCUAUGUUUCAACAGAAGAACCAGCAACCACAAACGAAUGCACUCUGCGACUUCCUUUUGGUUUGGUGAAUUUAGGGAACACUUGUUAUAUGAAUGCCGCUAUCCAACUUCUAUACUCAAUCCCGGAAGUUCGCACAGCUCUGAAAAUCUUUUCUCCACCCCAGUCUGCUAUGGGCUUAAAUUCCCCUGAAUCCCUUGUCAUCAACAUGCGCUUGCUUUUCAAUUCGAUGGACAAAGCGGAACAGCCGGUUAUUCCGGCAGUUUUUGUAACCUGCCUGCGCAAUGUGUGUCCUCAAUUCGCUACACGUCUUUCGAACGAGGGUGAAAAAGGCAACGAUGGAAGCUUGCUUUCAAUGCUCGGGGCACGUUUCGCCCAGCAGGACGCCAACGAAUGUUGGGUUGAACUGAUGCACGCACUGCAACGCGUUCAGAUCAAUCCGUGCACUGUUACCUCACUUCCCGAAAUAUUCGAAAAUACACGGUCGUUAGGGUCCUGGAAUUUGGUUGAGCGAUAUUUCACCGGGCACCUUCUUUGCAAACUAACCUGUACAGAAACGGAGGAGGAAGCAACAGAAACACGGGAGACAUUCACACAGUUGUCUUGUUUCAUAAACCAAGAUGUCAAGUUCCUUCACACAGGUAUUCGCAACGGAUUCGAAGGUACUGUUACGAAGCACUCUGCCUCUCUGGGAAGGAAUGCUGUGUACAAAAAGACUUCCGUACUGACGCGCCUUCCUGCUUAUUUGAGUAUCCAUUUUGUACGCUUUUUCUAUAAGGAGGACAAACAUCUGAACGCAAAAAUUCUCAAAGAUGUCAAGUUCCCUCUGGAAUUGGAUCUGUUUAGCUUCUGUUCUGAAGCACUACAGAAGGACCUCAUCCCUAUCCGAGAAAAAAUGCGGCAACAAGCAGAUUACGAGGUCCAUAGCUUUUCAAAGGAACAAAAAACUGCCACUUCAACAAAAGAUUCAAAGUGUCCAAAUCCGGCAAAAAAUCCAGAACUUUUUGAACCAUAUUCACUACCUGAUGAUGUGGGUUCUAAUAACUCGGGUUUCUACGAACUCAUGGGCGUCCUGAGUCAUCAAGGACGAACUAGCUCUAGCGGCCAUUAUGUUGCUUGGGUCAAGGUUGAGGAAAAUUGGAUCAAGUUCGACGAUGAUACCGUGACAUGCGUAACUCCUGAAGAUAUCUUACGUCUUUCCGGUGGUGGGGAUUGGCAUUGCGCCUACGUACUUUUGUAUGGUCCCAAACGAGUCCUGAAGUCAAUUCCUCCUAUUGAGCCCGCUUCUUCAACCGUACAGAUGGAGGUGGGUCAAUCAGUCAAGGACGUUCACGGAGGAGACCGUACGGAUUGAUAGACAAUGGUCGCUUCUUUUGCACAUUUUAUGUUUCAUUGAUGAGCAAGAUGACGGAUACGACCACCGUGUUACCGCUUUUUUAUCCCUGUCAACUUGGAUCCGUUUACUGUUCUUUUAUGUGCAUGCUGAGCAUCAACUUGUACAUUUCGUUGCGUCAUCCCAUUAACCUUUUCCCGCCUUUUUCCACGUGUUAACUUUUUGGCUGUGCAAAAGUAUGAAACAGACGAUGUAAUAUGAAC